CAAAUAAAAGCACUUUUGUCUGUUUCACAACUGAAAGACAAAUAAGGGAAGACCCCCAUGAUUCUCUCAAGUCUCCCCUUCCAUUUGUGUGCUUUUCUGCUUGGUGGGUUUCUGCAGCAUCACUUGCACAAAGGAGAUAAAGAACACCUGAAGAAGUUUUUCCAGUUAAACAUGAAGGCGAAUUCACCUUUGUCCCUCAAGGAUCAGAGAGAAAGACAGAAGUUUUUGAUUGAGGUUGCAAUCAGAGAAAACCAGUUGUGGGGUAUGGUCCAUUCCAAAGGUCUUUUGAACUCUGAGGUUCAGGACUUGUACCGCAAAGUGCGAUCUAGUUAUGAGAAUCUCAUACUGAGUGAUUGUGAGCAGUUGGACCUUCAAGACAUCGAGUAUUCUUUGUGGAAGCUUCACUACAAGCAUAUUGAUGAGUUUCGCAAAAGAAUAAAGGGAAGUUCAGUGAAUGCAGAAAGCAAAAAUAAGGUGGUGCUACGAAAUGAUAUUCAUAUAGAAGGGUUUAAAGUCUUUCUAUCCGAAGCAAUUGAAUUUUACCAGAAUGUGACUGUGAAAUUAGGAAAAUGUAAGAGUCUCCCAGAAGAGUACGUGAUAAAUAGAAAGGAAGGCGACCUUACUUUUGCAGAACAGGAAAAGAUGCAGAAGUGCCAGUUUUUGUGCCAUCGCUUCUUGGUAUGUCUCGGGGAUCUGGCUAGGUACAGAGAACAAUAUGAAAAGCCUGAUGUGCAAACCCGAAAUUGGUCAGUUGCGGCCACUCACUACUUGGAAGCGGCAGCAACUUGGUCAGAUAGUGGAAACCCCCACAAUCAGUUGGCUGUAUUGGCAAUAUAUAUUGGUGAUGAAUUACUCGCUUUGUACCAUUGUAUAAGAAGUUUAGCUGUUAAAGAACCUUUCCCUGACGCCCAAGAUAACCUCAUCCUACUGUUUGAAAGGAGCAGGUCAUCUCAUGUAUAUUCUCUUUCAAGUGAGGUCCGCUUUAAUUUCUUAAACCCAUCUGAAAGAAGCGGUGGUCAGACUUUUUCACAGUCGAGCGAUGAUAAUAUGGUGAAAGCUGAGAAUGUUUGCUUCAUGGAUACAAAGUUAUGGUCUCUUAUUAUUGGAACGCUAAGUUUCUUUCACAUUAAAUCAAGUGUAGAUGAAUUCCCCUGUGCUUUUGCAUCUACUAUGCGAGAGUUGGAUGCACUGAUUGCACUAGAUGAUACAGAGCUAAAAGCCACAUUGGAGUCAUAUCAACGUAUGGAUUCGGUUAGAAGAGGCCCAUUUCGAGCACUCCAAGUUGUUUCUGUACUAAUCUUUACCGUACAGAAUCUAAUCAAGACCCCUGAAAUAAAAGAAUCAACAGACAAAAUUGACAUCCAGCAAAAAGAGCUGACACAGUUGGCACUGAAUGCAGCAUUCAUUUUCAUGGGGCGCUUUGUUGAAAGAUGUUCAGAGGCUGGUCCAGUAGAGACUUGCCCCCUUCUACCAGCUGUGCUUGUUUUUGUGGAGUGGCUAGUCGUCGUGCUGAGUGGAGCAGAAACGUAUGGGGUCGAUGAAAAAAGCAGAAGUGCGAUGUCUUACUUUUUUGGUGCAUUUGUUGAUCUUCUGAAGCAAUUCAACCUCAGCGAGGAUGAGGCCAAGUGUCCAGAAGGUACUCCUUUGUGGGAAGACUAUGAGCUGAGGGGAUUUGCUCCGGUAGCUUGUGUUCACGCAUCACUAGAUUUCUUGUAUAAUCGGGAACAUAUAGACAAUUAUGACAGCGGAAUUGAUUGUCGUGCUCAGAGAAUCAUCAAGGCUGCAAUGAAAAUUGCAGACAGAUCAACUGGUUCUCAAAAGUGGAUUGUCUAUGACAAAUCUCAAAGAAAAUUUUCCAAAGCCGAUAUGGCAGAGUCAAAUGAAUAUGCUGACGGGAAAGAACUAGGAGGACUUGAGUCCAAGAAUUCUGAUGGUAAACUGAAAGUGCCUAGUCAGCAUAUCCACGAAGCGCUGAAAAAAUGCGAGAAACAGAUGAUUGGGGAAAACCCAAGUUCGACCAGACAAUCUGUUGACACGGAAGAGGAAGAGGUUAUUCUCUUCAGGCCUCUUACAAGACAUAACUCAGCACCACUCAAGAUUUCCUCUCCUUUAAAGGAUCCUAACUCUACGAAAGAUAUGGCAGAUCAAAGUGUACCUUCUGAUGAGUGCUUGCGCCGUGCCACAUCACUUCUUAUAGCGCAAAACAAGGCAAAGACUGAUCCUUUAUCUUCUCAUGUCAACAUCGCUAAUUUUUGGCGCAACAUGCCAUUUAAUCAGCAGGAGCCUUCUGUGAAGGAACAGCCACCAAUAACCGCGGGGCCUCCCUCUCUUAAUGCUUGGGUCCUGGACGGAGGAAAUUUGAACAGUAAUAAGGACAAAAGCACAAGCGGUAUUAGUAAAUGUGGCUCGAGAUUGAGCCCCAUUGAGGAAAUAGCUUCGGAAUUUGUGGAUGUUCUGUCCAUCAGUGAAAAUGAAUAUUCAAUCAGCAGUCACGAAAUUUCGAGCACUCAAUCCUCUUCCUCUACUUAUACAGCUCCUCUGCCUUCUGCUCCUUUGUUGCCAGAUGACGCUGUUUGGUUUAAUGGUGGAACCGAAUCUAGUUUCAUCGACUGCAAAAGCUCCGCAGGGAUCAGCCUGACCGACAAUCUGUGUGACGCUGAUGCGACCCAUUCACAGGCAGGCAGCUAUGCAAACUGGACUGCAACUCAAGGGCUACCAGAUUAUAGUUCCGGCAUUCCAAAUUUUGUGGAUAAGCACCCGCCUUGGCAUCAAAUGACAUCAUCUGAAUGGCUGCGUCAGUACAGAGAAAGUCUCAACCUUGGCCAUAAUGCUUGGCCAAAUUCUCUUCAUCCGCCCAGGAACCUCGGAAACUUGUCCGAUUAUGAUGCUACCAGGUUAAAUCAUUUCAACCGAUGGGGACAUCACGUGGCUUCUAAUCCGCCAAUGUGUACAAACAACCCUCCGCCAUUGGUUCCUCCUUUUCCUCUAGAUUAUGGUGAUGCAGAUGGGCAAAGAAGGGAGAAGCUUCUUCCUGGCUAUCAAAGAACAAGCCCCUACGGGUGUGGCGCUGUGAGGGAUGUAAGAAACGAGCAGCGGCCGCUUCUGCAGUACCUUAAGGAGUUAGAAAGGAAAGUGCAGCAUGAUCCCACUUUCAGAGGUCCUAGUUAUUUGGACAAUUGAGAUAUAUUUCACAUGUAGAGUUGAUAGUCGCAAAACAUGCACGUCAUUGGCUGCAUUUUUGUAUAUAUGUAAGCAGAUGAAGUUGUUGUGAAAUCCUGCAGUCCACAAUGUGAUGAAUUGUGAAAAUGCAUGUCUAAUAUGUUGUAUCGCUAA